CCCACCACCCUCUCUGCGUAGUCUUUCCACAGUCAGCCCGUCCCGCACGCCCGACCUCCCCCCACUCACCGGCGGCGUUUCACUUGCGGCGGCGCGGCGGACGGCGGUUCCUCUCCUCCCCGCCCUCGACGGGCUGCUCUACUGGCAGCGGGCUCAAGUGGGGACGAGACCCGUCCAUCCUCCCCUUCAAUUUCGUCGGCUUAUCCUUAUUCCUUUCAUCCUUUGAUCCUUUCCUGUCCUGGACGCUCUUGUUCUGUUGCGGCCCUUAGAAUGAUAACUGGGAUGCUUCUUUGUACCUAAUGGCCAAGAGAUAAACAGAUUUGAUAUGUUGACCUUCUAUGGAGGCAUCAAAAGAACAGGCUUCCAAGGACUAUGCUGAUUUCAAGGAGAAGGUUAGGAGGACCAUAUAUUUGGACCAGCUUUCUCCACAAGUUACCACCCCAGUCAUCAAAGCAGCUCUUGCCCAGUGUGCAAAUGUUGUCAAUGUGGAGUUCAUCGUCAACUACACAAUCCCUUAUGAUGUACCUUCUGCUGCAUUGGUAGAACUGGAUGAUGAUAUGCAGGCCAAGGCUGCUGUCGAGUUGAUGACUGAUUUCCCAUUCAUAAUUGGUGGGAUGCCAAGGCCUGUAAAAGCUACCCAUGCAAAGGCUGAGAUGUUCAGGGAUCGACCUCCCUGCCCUGGCCUCAAGAAAGAGUUCCGCUGGGUAAAACAAGGAGAUGACGAGUGUGAGACAAUGAAGAAACUGAAAAACCUUGCAAAGAAGCAAGAGUCAGAGAACAUGGCUCUCAUAAAGAAUCUAUUGGACGAGGAGAAGGAACUAGCAAAGCAGCAGCAGGAAGCUCUUGAUGCGAACUGCAAGAAGUACGAAAUGCUGGACCUGGUGAUGCAGAAUGGAGCCAUCAAGAACCUGGCUCACCGCUACGGAGUGAACCUGGAUGACUGACGGGACAAAUUCAUGGAGCAGCCGUGCAGUCAUCAGUUUGUCCUGGGGGGGCGCUGGUAGAUGGUGCGAUGAAUUCGACGAGUCGGGAUCCAGUAGCUGGAUCCUGGGGCGUAACAAUUGGCCCUGCUUAGUUAGCGUACGAGCAGUUGCUGCAUUAGAAAUCCGAUAACUGCAGCCUUAGCCUUUUGUUUCUUAGCCUGUAAUAACAUGGUGCUGAAACUGAAAGCAUCUGCUGUUGUGUGAUGCUUCUCGUGCAUACAUUAUUGCUGCAUGAAACUCUAGUACUUUUUAUUUCUUGUGCCCAAGCCUGCAAGGUUAUUUCGGUUUGUAUU